CACAUAAUUUCUUUUAAACUCAUUAAAUUCUAUUCAAUGUCUAUUACUGAGAAAAUAACUCUUUCAAUUCGUUUCCGUUUAUAUUUCUAAUUGAUUGCUUAGUUUUGGAAAGUUUCAUAUUCUUGAUUAUCACGAUAUGUAAGAAUUACACAGUAAUGAGUAAGCACGGGGGUUUGAAGCCUAUAGCUUCCAGGCGUUUGGGUUUCUGUAGAUAAAGCAGUCUAUUAGUUUCUUUGUUUUCUUUUAUUUCGAUCUUAAGACCAUGGCUAGUCUUGACAUCGACCGUAAUGGCCUGGUAUUGAGAUCAGUUUCAAAGAAACCUCCGAAAGACUACACGAUGAAAAUAGUGUCGUUCUCAUCUUUAAAAUCAGAGGACAGAUAUGAAUCAGGGGAAUUUGAGAUUGAAGGAUACAAAUGGAAACUAGUGCUCUUCCCGAGUGGAAACAAGAAGCAUAAUGUUAAUGACCACAUCUCUCUCUACCUGGAAAUGGGUGGACAAAAAGCAAUAGAGACGGGGAGUAUUGUAACGGUUGACUACAAGUUUUUUUUGCUUAAUCGGCAAAAGGAGAAGAAGACCUACCUGGUUCUUGAAGAUGCCAAUAAAAAGGAGAAGAAGUAUUGUUUUUAUAGGACAAUAGUUGGUGGUUUGGCUGGAUUUGAUCGAUUUAUCUCUAUUGAAGAUUUUACUGAUGCCUUCAAUGGUUAUCUCAUUGAUGAUACAUGUGAGUUUGGAGCGGAUGUAUUUGUAUCUAAAUCGAGAAGAAAAGGCAAAGGAGAGCGUGUUUCAAUGAAUCUCAAUACCAUUAUGUACAAACACACUUGGAAAGUUACUGAUUUUUCGAAGUUGGACACACCAUCUUGUUCACAACCAUUCACCGCUGCAGAUCAAAAAUAUUGCACAUGGAAAUUGGUGCUCUAUCCCAGGGGUCUAGGCAUCGGAAAGGGUAGUCAUCUUUCUGUUUUUCUGCAUGUAUAUGAACCGGAAAACCAGCUUCCUAUUGGAUCUAAGAUACUUGCGGAGUAUACCAUACGCAUUAUGGAUCAAAUCCAUGGCAAGCAUCGUUCUAUUAAAGGUAAAAAGUGGUUCAGUGCCCCGUUUUGGAGUUGGGGUCACUAUCAGUUCAUUACACAAGAAGCCAACGCGGCGUGCCUUAAGAAAGAUAGUUGUAUAUUGGAGGUCGAAAUCUGUAUCUUAGGACUUUCCAUUCCUGGAAUUUCUACGUCAUAAAUGGGAGUUGCAUCAUUGAGGCAUAAUUCAGUAUCCUAGGAAUUUCUACGCCUAGUCCAAGUUUUUAAAGGAAGCUUUUGCAUCUUGAAUACAAAAAAUAUGAUAGCUAGCUUUUGGUCUGAUGUUAGAAAUGUGAGCAGGUUGAAGCUGUCGCCUUUUGGCAUGAUAAUUAUUAUUACCUUAAUUUCGACAAUGUUUUGUUAUGCAUUUUUUUUUCCCGUUAUCAAUAAAAUAUAAAUAAGGGACCCCUUCUCCCUU